UUUUUUUUGGGUUUGUAAAUAUCCACGGACACGUAUCUGUUCACGGUUUGAUGGACUUUUCUUAGUAAAAUUUUUGUGUUUCGUGUCCAUUUUGUUGGUGCAACUGCCCGAAAAGAAGUGAAGGAUUGUUCCCGGGAAUCCUUUCAGACGACUUUCUAGACUCCUAAGCUCCAGCUAGCUUCUGCUGAGAUGCUAGCGUUGUCAUCACGAGUGCACGUUCGGGUGCCAUCAGAACUGUGGGAAUCCAUGGUUGGUUUUCAUUUUGCCUUUUGGCCGCGUCGACUUUACUGACCUGCUGGAAACUUGAUGUUCCAGUGGAAGAAGUCUGGAGACGCCACACUGAUCCUGACACUAUUGCUGUCAUUCUGACGGCCCCUGAACGCACCAUGCCUCCGAGAUUGGCUCUCUACUCCUUUAGCUUCUUUGUCAGAAAUGCCGGUGCGUUUGUGGCCUGAAGGAGGAAGCCUUCACCUUGAGCUGCUUUCCAGAGGCUCCUUUAUGUGGAGCUGCUCAGAUCAUCUCCAUAACAUCACUCAUUCGGUCCAGGAACUCCCAGGCAAGACUUGAGAAUCAUGACCCCUAAAGUUCCACUGUAGUCAGUGAAACUUCCUUCUGUCGUGGGUCCGCCCUGUGGUCUCCUCCCAACGCCACUUCUUAUUUUCCUCAAUCCUCGUCCACUUUUUAAAUGGGCUUUUUGUUUCUUUUUAUUUUCAUUCACUUGCUUUCUCUCCUUCAGUUUUUCCUUCUCCUCAAAUCUGUUUCUUCUCUUGUCAGUUCCUUGCCUUCCUCCUCACACUUAUCCGUCUUUCUCCCCUCCUAAAUAACAAUUUUUAUUUUUCGUAUUUCUCUCUUCAUAACUUUUUAUAUACCUUCUUAUUUACCUUCCUCUUCUAUUUACUAUCCCUUCUUAUUACCUGCCUCACUUGCCUCUUUAGGUUGCCUUGUUUUCCUGACUUGGUUUCCGUGUCAUUUCUUUUUUCUUUAUUUUUUCCACCAUUUUCUCAUCAUUCUCAUCAUCUUCAUCAUUUGUUUUUAUUCUACCAUCGAUUCUACUAUUUUUUAUGAGUAAUUCACCACCCCCUUUUCUUUCUUUGAUUUAUAUUUUUAUCCCUUUUUCUCAUUUAUCCAGUUUUGACGUUAUUUUCCGUUAGUUUUUCCCUGCGUCAUCGAGCGCGAGGGAUUCCCCUGCAGGCUCCGGUAAGUUAUGACUCAGGGAAGUUGCUGGUCUAUUUAAGGACGGGAGCAGGAGGAAGAGUCACCGGAGCAACAUGAGGUUCGUCACCGUGAUCGAAGGCGCAGUCUUAGGAUCUCUGUGUCUGCUGGUCACCGAAGGGCGCCGAGGCUCCGAUGAAGACGCGACUCCGGCGAUCAUCGGUCCGGACCGGAUCCGAAUGAAAGCCCAUCCAGGAGAUUCCGUCUUUCUCCACUGCGAGGCGCGAACGAACAGCGAUGACGUCACGCUGAUCUACUGGCUCGUGAACGGAGAGUUUCCCGACGAGACGCACGACGGCGGCCGAAAAACGGAAACAAACGAGUUGGUUUUGGACGAAGGCUCCGUCAUCCAGAAGAGUCUGCUGCUGAAGAAUGUCACAUCACGUGACCUCAAGUCCACCUUCACCUGCGUGGUGACCAACGCCGCCGGAUCCGCCAUGAAGCACGUCACGCUCGGAGAAACCGGCUGCAGCUGCUACGUGAGGGAGAAACGCUGACGGCCGCCGCGGACCGUCGACUGUUACUCUGUUUAUGUUACUGCUUUCACACUCAGGAACUCUGCGACAACCAAAACUCAACCUUUAUUUAGGAAGCAAAUGAAGCCUUGGCACUUUAACAAACAAAAGGAAACAUGAAAUAAAUAUUACAAACAUUUUAAAAGGCUCAGAAUUCUAUAUUUUUUUCCUGUUUUCUUUAUUUGACACACACUGGUUGGGCCGCGAGCGCCCCCUAGAGGGCCGCUAGAAGUAUUUGUUUUACACCCGCCAGACGCUUUGUCUAAAAACACUUAGUCCACAUACUGUAUGGUGGCAGUAGUGUGUCUCUGAAUUGACUAGACAGUUACCAACUAUGGAGAAGUUCUGGAAAAGAAAAAUAGGAUAAAGAAAGUGACGGCGCUCCCAACAGUAAAAACUGUUCAUUAAAGCUUCUUAAAAUGAAUUUUAAAAUGAAUGACUUUCAUUUACUUCUAUAUUCUUUAUAUGACAUAUAUUAUUCCGAGUUCACAUUUUUCCACGAUAUUUAGACAUUGCUUUAUAAUAUUUAUUUUACGCAGAACUUCAUUCAUGACAUGUUCGGAUUUUACAAUUUCCUCAACAGUUUGGAUCAACUGUAUUUUUUUCUUUAUUUCUUUAGUAAAUUCCCUGAAUAUUACUUGCACCUUCUUCUGCUGCUGGUUGGACUUUUUGAUGAAAUAUAAAUAUCUCUGAGGUUUUGGUUUGUUUGAGUGUAAAUACAUUAAAUACGGCUAAUGAACACAA